UGCUAUUGGCUGACAGGAGGUUCCUAUUGGCCCUCAGCCCGGUAGGUGGGAGGGCCUGGGGAAAAUAUAAAUACAGAAAGAACGGAAUAGCACUGUAGGUACUGAAAGUAGCAUAAAAGGGGGUGUGUGCCAGGGUCCUGAGACCUUAUAGAGGCAAGGGAUCUGGGAGACUAUUUUGCAUCAGCUCUCAAUUCUGUCUCAUCCCGAUCCUUCAUCCUUCAGGAGUUUGCUUUCCUGGUGUGUUUGCUUCUCUCCUUCAGCAAUAGUCGCCCUCUUCCUGGCCGUCUUUUCUCAUCGAACAGGAAUGAGAGUGGCUGCCCUGACCCUCGUGGCUUUCCUGCUGUGUUUCUCUCUGGUGAGUAGUUUUAGCUAGACUAGCCCUUCGAUAACUGAAUUGGGGGUGCCACAUUAUUGUCAAUAUGACAGUAAGCAAUGCUGUCAAAACAGCUGAAAUCAUAAUGGGGUUGGAUCAAAUAGCAAUAGCACUUAGACUUACAUACCGCUUCACAGUGCUUUACAGCCCUGUGUACAGAGGGUUUACAGAGUCAGCAUAUCCCCCCCCCCCCGCCAAACAAUCUGGGUCCUCAUUUUACCGACCUCGAAAGGAUGGAAAUUCUCAUUAAAUCCCCAGUAGCAGAUUCUAGCUUGCUUAGCCCCCAAGGCUUCCCUGCGGGGGAAUUUGGCUGAGUCGGAUCAUACCAGGUGACGGGUUGGGUGUACUUCCAUUCGUGUUCCGGCUUCAUCUGGCCACCGAAUUCGGCUUGACAAGAGUAACAGAAUGACGGAAGGCGCUUUGGAGGUCGUCUAGUCCAACCCCCUGCUCAGUCAGGAAGCUCUAUAUAUCAUUUGACGUCCGAGCACUUGCUAGAGGUGUUCCGUAACACCCCAGGAGGGGAUCCGGGGCCAAACUUCACCGCCUGCCUAAAGCCGGCAGCUCCACGCCGGUCGAGAUGGGGAAUAGCAACAACCCGUCGGGGGUCGCGGGCCGCUGCCCCCUCCCAUGCCGCUGCGCACCGCGUCCCCUUCGCUGCCCUCCGGGGGUCAGCUCGGUUUUCGACGACUGUGGCUGCUGCCAAGUGUGCGCCCGCCAGCUCAAGGAGGACUGCGAUAAGCUGUCGCCCUGCGAUCCCCAUAAAGGCCUGGAGUGCAAUUUUGGGGCCGACCCCUUAGCGAAGCGGGGCAUCUGUUGGGCAAAGCAAGAAGGUCGGACCUGCGAAUACAAUGGCCGUAUCUACCAAAAUGGAGAGAACUUCCAGCCUAGUUGCAAACAUCAAUGCACUUGCAUUGAUGGAGCGGUGGGUUGCCAGCCUCUUUGCCCAUUGGAAUUACCUCUGGCUUCACUAGGCUGUCCCAGUCCCCGGCUCCUUAAAGUACCUGGUCAAUGCUGCAAGAAAUUUGUGUGCAGCAAAGGACCCAAGAAGUACAAAGGUGUUACCUUUGAGUACGACUCAAAUGGAGAGGCCAGAAGCAAUGAAAUUAUCUAUGUGGGCAAAAGUGGACACUGGAAAAACCUGCCAGCAUGGAGACCAUUCUUCCAGGAUCAGAAUACCAAGCAAGAGCGCAAAUGCUUGGCCCAGACCACACACUGGUCGCCGUGCUCUAAAAGUUGUGGUUUUGGCAUCUCUACUCGCAUCAACAGCAAUAAUCCCCAAUGCAAGCUGAUCAAAGAAACCCGAUUGUGUCAGGUCAGGCCCUGUGAGCAGCCUGAUUUUUCAAAGCUAAAGAAAGGCAAGAAAUGUCUGAGGACGCACAAAGUGCAAGAGCCAGUGAGAUUAAGUCAUGCCGGUUGCAAGAGCCCACGUCGUUACCAGCCAAGUUUCUGUGGGGCCUGCCUGGAUGGCCGCUGCUGUGUACCCCUGCGCACUCGUACGCUAAAUGUACCCUUCCAUUGUCCUGAUGGGAGCACUUUUAGCAAGAAGGUCAUGAUGAUCCAUACUUGCCAGUGUGGGGCAGCUCACUGCCCGCUGCUGAGUGAAGCUGCCAUGGGCCCCCAGUAUCAGCUGAAUGGGGACAUUCACAAAUUCCUGGAAUGAUGGGGCAUGCCGACCUCUCUGCUGGUGGCUCUGACGGAGUUCCCAAAUUACUUUGGAUCGUCCAGGCCCCCUGCUUGAUCCAUGAAGCUAAAACAUGCUGUAGUUGCUCUGCUUCCCUGAAUGCUAAUCCGGAAGACAAAAUGGCAUUUGGAAAUGGCCUAACCCUUCGGUAUUUGGAAAAUGCAUUGAGCCAUAUUGGGAGUAUGGCUAUCCAGUGACUGGGAACGGAUCGAAUGGCACUGAUUUCAGUCUCUCUAUUCAGUCCAGCCAGGCUCAGGCUGGAACUGAGUCUCAUACUACUAUGGUAGUAGAAGAUCAAAGACUUCUGAUUAUUAUUAUUUUUUAAAUUUCAUGGCCCUCGUGCUGGAAAGGUUGAGGAAGCACAGUAUUAUGCAGUAUUGUUAGCUGGGGGAGGGGUGUGUGGUUCAGGUUGCUAAAUCCCAAAUUGGGCAGUUUUGACAGUUUCAAGAUCCCAGAAUUUGGAGGAAAAUAGUACAUUUUAGGUUAAAUAAGAGUCAGCUAUGGUUGAAUAAGCUGUCUUUCAAAAGAGCCAUAAUUCUGAUGAGUUUGGGAUCUGGCAAUAAAACCUUAAAGCAACCUAAUGAAUGAGGAAUGAAAAGGAGAUGUGAAACAAAACUCAGAUAACAAAGUAUGUAUUCCCUGCCCUCCCCUCCCCCCCAGGCUCCUGUGAUUUUUCUGACCAACUGGCCAGAAAGAGAAGCUGAUCGAGUCUUCUCUCCCUUAUCUCACCAUUGUUUACUUCUGCUCCUUGGUUUGCUUCCUCCUCGUCCUUCAGUUUGAAAUUGGCUUGCUAGUUUGCCCAUCUUUACAUCCAAAGGCUGCCCUCCCGACUGCCCACAGUGCCCCCUAAUGGCAAGAUGUUUUCAGGAAGGAGUCACAUUCAAUGACCCAGCAGGAAGGGAAAUCCGUAUAAAGACGCUGCUCUCAUCCAUGGUCUACUUUCAAUCUUCUCUAGUUUGCACUCUGUUAGGCUACCAGACUGCUGCUGCCAGUCUAGAUUUUAAGCUUCACAUUCAUGAAUCUCAAACGGGAAAAACGAAAUUACUUUAUGGGCAUGUUUUAAAAUGAGUUAAAGUAGAGUUGAAAGAGGUUUGUUCCAUAUGUGCAGCCACUUUAAUCUCUGCUUUAAAAACUUUGUACAAAGAUGAUAGUUGCACAAAGAAUUAUGUGUUGGGCUGCAGCAGCGGAGACGUAUAAAAAGCAGCAUUUGAGAUACUGUCCAUUCUCCAAUCAACGAUUAAGCCGAAAAGCAACCUUUACAAAAGCACUUUUAAAAAAACAAACAUCCUAUUCCAAUUCUGUUCCUGGUGAACAGCAAAAGUACAGCAAGGCUGAAAAAAAAUUCAGGGCACAGUAUUAGAAGGGACUUGAGACAUUUUGGGGCAGUUAGGAUAACCUAUAUUUAUACGGGCAGCAAAGCUCUCUGCUCUGAAGAUUAUUUUAUGGAAUAUUUUUUUUUAUUUUGUUUGUUUUGCAUAAAGAAAAACUUCAACAAUAGACUGGAGUGAUGGCUAUUUAGCUUCAUAAUGAAGCCUUCUGUGCAUUAUCUUUUGUAUGCAAAGCUUUUAUUCCUAUUUAAUCUUAGGGUUGCUACAGUGAUAGAUCAAUGUUUAUCAUUUUAGUCUCUGUUUUAUGACCCUUCCUGCUUGAUAGAAGGCUCUGUAGCAGAAAAACAGGAUACUGCCCUUUCAAAAUGAUAUUCCAAAUGGGCUUGAUGUAAUGCUUCCAAAACAAUCUUAUGCCAGAGAUAGACGAUGGAAUGGAUAUAUCUAAUGGACGUUGAUUUGACUUUAUCAUUUGUAGGCAUUUGAUGCCCACUAAAUCUAUUCUGCCAUAAUUAACAUCAACCGAAGUCAAAAUGAAUGGUGGCAAAGAAUUGUGGAACCACCAAUGGUUCCCAAUCUGUGGAGGACAAAGGUCCUCCAGGAUGGGUUGUAAGGUAUACCCAUGAACAUAUACGCACAGCCCAAAUUUAGAGAGAUUACAAAACCUUGUGAAAGGGUGUUACUGCUGACAACCACAUGAGAUUUUGACAUUCUUUAUUUUGGCUUUUUAUUUUAAGAUUAAAACUAAUUUUUAUUUUGUUUAGGGAUCCCAUGUACCAUGUGUGUUUGGAGCAGGGGUCACAUACCAUGGUGAGUGCAGGCACUACGUGGCUGAUCUGUGGCUUGUGUGGCAGUCCUCAAAAAAAAUCCUUCCAUUGUAGGGCUUCAAAUUAAGGAAAAAAUGAGAGUCACUUGGAAGGCACCAGCAUGUUUUUGAUUCUUGGAACCAUCAACUCUGAAUCUGCAUCUCUCUCAAAAGGACUUUAGAGAUGGUUAUAGUACAAGUAGCUGACUAUUCUUGGGCUGUGGAGAUUUGAGCAUUGCUAUGCUACUUGCAUUGGAAUUGUAUUUUGGACUUUUCCCCCAAAUCUGUAAGGGAACAGGCAGGACCUGGCCUUAUUUGGAAUGCUUCUGCUAUUUUAAAAUAUAUUUUAUUCAAAGCUA